UCUUCAAAUUAUCAUGAUUUCAGCUUUUUCACGAAAUGGGUAUUGGAUUUUCUUCAAAAAGAUACAAUCUUUAUGUGUUUCUGUUGAAAUCCAUGUUUUAUCUUUGUUGUUGUUGUUCUUGAAAAUAGGGCAACUCUUAUUUCUUGAAAAGUUACAAUCUUUAUGUGUUUUUGAUAUGAUGUUGUUUCUGUAUUCCCUCUUUGAUUAAAUGGAUAUUUCUGAAUUCUUGAAAAAGGCAAUAUCUUUAUGUAUUUGAUUAUGGGAUUGGUGUUAGAAGUUGUGGGUUUGGGUUUUUCUAAUCCACUUGUGCUCAUGAUCUGUUGGGGAUAUUGGGUGUUUCAAUCUUGAAUUACUAUAGUUGGAAUAAAGAAUAAUUAUAAUUGCUCUUUGAUAGAUAUUGUGCAUGAAGAAGCUCUAUAUGAAAGCUUCUACGAGGGCACGAAUUCUCGUUUGAUUAGUUUCUCUUAUUAUUGAGUGUAGACAAUUCUUGAAUUUUGAGAUGAGGUUGAGAGGAUGUGUGAUUUGUUGUGACAAGUUGAGACAUGUGAUAAUUCUAUCAAUAGGGGUUACUAAUUCUUUACUAGUUGCAAGCAGUGCUGUCAAAAGCAAAAAGCAUAGAAAGUGGCAAAAGCUCGUUGGGGCUUUAAUUGCAAUUAAAGAGUGUUUAAUAAAGAUAUGGGCAAUGAAAAAAAAAUUCCAUAAACGCACAAGCACGAACAUGUAAUGCAAGAAAAAGUAACUAAAUAAGUGAAAUAUGUCAAAUAAAGCAUGCAAAGUAAGUUCAAAACUAUUACUUUGACAAUUUAUGUUACUUUGCCAAGAUAUAGAUUGUCUAGUACCACUAUUUUCUAGGUAGGGUUUGCUGAUGAUGAGGCACACCUUAGUGAAUCAAACCUGCACUAAAAAGUGCUGCUCAAGUGAGAUGAGUGCCCAGUUUGAUAUUCACAUAGCUUCAAGGUCUAAACGCUCCUCAAAUGAACCUCUUAACAAUAUUGUCUUUGGAGCUGAGGUGGGGUUUGCCGGGAGGACCGGCGAUUUUAUUUUUUAUUUUCCCUUGGGUGAAUUUUCCAGGAUUAAGGUAUCUGAGAGAGUCAUUGAAAUGAGAUGAAAAUUAUGGAGACGUUUCAAGUCUAAACAGAGACGAGACGAAACAUGCCAGGACACUCGUAUUGUGGAACUCUCUGAGUAAAACUACAGCAGUAUGCCAUCAAAUUCCAAAAGCACAAAUCGGGAGGAAACCAAUGCAUAUAAUGUUCCACGUUCCACUGUAUAUCCUGAACCUUGGUGGAAUAGUGCUGUUUAUAAUCCUGUUUCCCCUGGGUUGAUGCGGGAAAAUGCAUCAGAUUCAUCAUCAUUGGAACAAUCUGUGGAUGGCCAAUCACAGUCUGAUGGUGGAAUCAAUGAGGAAGAUGAUGAUGCUCCUGAAAAAUCGCAAAGUAUCGUACCUUUGCAUGCAGAUGGGAGUUAUGGGAAAGCGGAUCAGAAUUUUCAGCCAGCUGCUCCAGCCAUACCUCCAAGACUUGAUGGAAGCCUAGCACAGCCCCAGCAGCUUGAACUUGUUGGGCACUCUAUUGCUUGUGCUCCAAACCCAUAUGUUGAUCCAUACUAUGGCGGGAUGAUGACAGCCUUUGGCCAGCCUUUGGUUCCUCCUCAUGUACUUGAUAUGCACUAUGCAAGGAUGCCCUUGCCACAAGAAAUGGCUCAAGAACCAGUUUAUGUAAAUGCUAAGCAGUAUCGAAGGAUCCUGCAGCGAAGACAGUCACGUGCUAAAGCAGAACUUGAAAAGAAGCAGAUAAAGGGUAGAAAGCCAUAUCUUCACGAGUCUCGACAUCAGCAUGCACUGAGGAGGGUAAGGGCCUCAGGAGGACGUUUUGCCAAAAAGACAGAUGCUUCUAAGGGUACUGGUUCUGUGAGUUCAUCGGGUUCUGAACCUUUGCAGUUCAAUGCUGCUGAUAUUCAAAAGAGGCAUGAAAAUGGAAGGUUGGCCGAGCUUCAGCAGUCUUAUUCGAAUGGUAGCAGUUAUGGCAAUCAAAGUACCUUUCAAGAAUCGAAAGAUGAGUACCAGUCUGCUGAAAGCAGGGAAGGAGUUUUUUCUGGCAAGUAAUUGGAGAUACGUUCAUGUCUAAACUAGCUCUUGCACUGCAACGAAGCUCGAGUAUGUACAAGAGAGUUUACAGGUAUUGUUUCAUUUCUUGGCUUUUAAAGCUGGGCGGCAAUUCAUUCUUGGCUUUUUACUUUAGUGUUAAAGGGAGCAAUAGAGGCGACGAGCAUAGCAGUAUUGCAGCAUUUGCUUGGAGACUUGCAUCUUCCCUUUUGUACAGAGAUGGAUGAACUUAGAACUAGGAUUAGAAGUUGUUCAGUAAGUUUAUGGUUGUCCGGUUACCAUAGUUUUAGUUUAGGAGACCAUGUAAAGAGGUUAUUAGUUUUGCAUACUUGUCUUAUUUCCUUUCCUAAUGGUUGCAUUAAUUUCUGAGUUUGGUUUGUUUUGAUGUGAUUUGAUAUGUUAUCAAAGAUACAGUAGGAUGAAAUGACAUAUUUGAGGUUAAAGUGUGCAAA